AUGGCUAGUACUGGGACAGGUUCAUCACCUUGCGGCGCAUGUAAAUUCUUGCGCCGCAAAUGUGCUGUUGAUUGUAUUUUUGCUCCGUAUUUUUGUUCGGAACAAGGUCCUGCUAGAUUUGCAGCCAUACAUAAGGUGUUUGGGGCUAGUAAUGUUUCGAAAUUGUUGUUACACCUUCCUGUCCCGGAUCGAUGUGAGGCUGUUGUUACUAUUGCUUAUGAAGCUCAAGCUAGGAUCAAAGAUCCUGUCUAUGGUUGUGUUGCACAUAUUUUCGCUUUACAACAACAGGUAGCAUAUCUUCAAGCUCAACUUAUGCAAGUGAAGACUCAGCUGGCACAAAGUUUACUCAACAAUUCAAGAAAUUCAGACAAUUUUUAUCCUCAUCAAUGGUCCAACAACAAUAUGGCAUCAUCUUUCCAACAAAAUAAUAAUAAUCCAACAUAUACUAUGAAUUCAAAUUCAUCACCACAAAGUUCACUUGAAUCGAUUGAUCAUUAUAGUGAUGGAAUAAAUAAUAGUAAUAAUAAUAAUGUACCAGAGAUUCAAAGCCGACUAGAUCAAGUGUUUUAUCAUCAAGCGGCCUACACUAGUAAUAGUAGGAAGAGGCCUUCUCAAACUGAGUUGGGUGAACUUCAAGCAUUGGCUCUUAGGAUGAUGAAAAACUAA